AUGAGCUUGCCAGCGGCGAGGGCGGUCGAGUGCACGGAGCUAAGCGCCGGGAGCGCCGCCUCCAUUGCGGCGCGGCCGGUGCGCGCCUUCUCCCUCUUUGUGCGCGCGCAGUCCGAGUCGCUCAAGCGCACGCAGCCCGACCAGGGCGCUGCCGCCGUCCGCAAGGCGGUGGAGGCGAGCUGGCAGUCCCUCUCCGAUGCCCAGCGAGCGGUCUACGUGCAGGCCGCGCGCGAGCACAAUGCCGGCAUCCGCAAGAGGCAGGCCUUGGCGCCACCGAGCCAGCUGUGCACGCGGCACGAGCUCUGGCUCGAGGGCGGCGCCGCCAGCCCAUUCUCCUCGCAGGGGGGCAGCGAGAAGUUUGAUGUUGCUUACGCGAUUGCCGACUGA